GGUGCUCUAUUUAUCCCACUUUGUAUCAAUGCAGUCAUGUUACACUGACAGUGUCUUUUCAAAAUAAAACGGAACAUUGCCGAAUUAGGUGAUAAUCCUCUGGGAAAUUGGUACCAUGACACUUUCACAUUAUUUCACCCGUUUCAGAAUAUGCAAAACAGCAGCUUCAGCAGUAUGCAAGUAUGUAUUGAUACAGAGGUAUUUAGGCCACUAAUAACAAACAAAGCCACCAAAUCGCUCCCCAUGAUUGACACCUUCUUUUGGCAUACUGUUACAUCAGCGUCGUCUGCAGGUUCAAAUGUUUGCAGCAUAUAAAUGAGUAGACUGGUGUACGCGCACCGUCAGCUCAAUGCAUGAAGGUUUUCACAUCAAUCCAGCUGAUGUUCAUAAAAGCUACACCUGGAGCAUUUCAUACACCCACCCAAUGGCUGACCCCAACACGGCCCCUCAGCCUCCACUGGGCCAAUGUGGGAUCCUUAAAAGCCCUUAAUGGUCCUGGUCAGCACGUGACCAGCCGUCCUGUAAAAUGGCGUCACGCAGCUGGGUGUCAAUCAACAGAUGCACAUCCGUCUCCGUGGACGUGUUCCUCGGAGGCAAGGUUACCAUGGAAACGGAUACGAGCUAAGCUGCUACGUGUGGCAAGAAAAAACAAGCUAGCCCCCGUGCGUGCGCACGUCGUGUGGGCACGCGCGGGUCCUAACGAAGUUAACAUCGACAGGUGACAACGUGCGCGUCUUAUAGCGCCGCAAAUGAGCGACGAAAUGACAGCAGGGCCUCCCCCGGAGGGGGAGAGCGUCCCCACUUCCUGGAGAAGCGACAAGCUAGCGCGCGGCAGCACGUCGGUAGCAUCCCGAGAGCAACGGCGGCUGGAUGUCCGGUCACAUCCAACACACGGCUCAGAGAAAAACACACACUUACGAGAGGAGGGUGUCCGUUAUCCGCCGUGGCCCGUCCGGUCCAUGACAUCGGCUGUUUUCCGGGGGAGAGGAGUCCCUUCCUGCCAGGUAAAGCGAAGCUCGAACUCUUCAAUGCAUCCAUCCAUCGUCAUACUCUUCAAUGCAAGCCCUCAUAAAUCAUUGACCUAAGUACAGCGGUGUCAGGUCAACUCAACGUUCAAAUCCUGUGGUAUGAAAGUUUCCCCUGCUCCUGCCGGCGCCUGUGUCUGCGAGUCAAGACUAAUCAAAGGCACUUGUAUGGAGAGAACUGUUGGCCUCUGAAGGGAUCGAGCCAGUUCAGGGCCAGCCUGCUGCUCUUUCUCUCCCUCUCUUUCCACACUCUCACUCUCUUUCCUGUCCUGUCCGGUUAAGGCGAGAAAGAUUGGGGAAAAAUUCCUUCGAGCUACUUUGCUUCAGGUUUCUCUGGGAUUUAAACAUGCACAGUGGGGUUUCGCUGCAGUCCAUGUCGGUGCCGUUGUUUCUGAUUCUGCUGUCUGCUGUGGAGGACACUUUGUCACAAUCGGUGAGCCAGGUGGGCGGUGUGUGCAGGCUGUCCGCUGAGUCCUCUCUGCGCCGCUGCCGCACGCCCGAUGGCAAGAUUUGCAGCGGGAAGGGCAAGUGUGAUUGCGGCAUCUGCACCUGCCUGGCCACAGCGCCGGGGAAGUUCUACGGGCCGCGCUGCGAGUGCCACGACUGGGUCUGCGCCACGUUCAAAGAGAAAACGUGCAACGACCGCGGCUACUGCGACUGUGGGACCUGCGAGUGUGACGAAGGCUGGUUCGGAGAGGCCUGCCAGUUCCAGGAGGAGUGUGAACUAUCCGGCAAGAAGAGCAAAGAGCUGUGCAGGAACCCACAGGGGGUGGUGUGCUCCAACAGAGGCACCUGCCACUGUGGCAGCUGCAUGUGUGACAAUAAGGACAGCGGGGGCCUGGUGACGGGACACUUCUGUGAGUGUGACGACAGCGAGUGUCUGGACGAGGAGAACGGGGAGGUGUGCGGAGGCCACGGCCAGUGUUACUGUGGAAACUGUUACUGCGCCGCUGGUUGGCAUGGAGACAAGUGUGAAUUCCAGUGUGACAUCAGCCCGUGGGAAAGCAAGCGGAAAUGCACAUCUCCAGAUGGCAAAAUCUGCAGCAACAGAGGGACCUGUGUGUGUGGAGAGUGUAACUGUCAUGAUGUCGAUCCCUCCGGCGACUGGGGAGAUAUCCACGGGGACACCUGCGAGUGCGAUGAGAGGAACUGCCAUGCGACCUACGACCGCUACUCUGAUGACUUCUGCUCAGGUCAUGGCCAGUGUAAUUGCGGCAGGUGUGACUGCAAGGAAGGAUGGUCUGGGAAGAAGUGUGAGCAUCCUCUCUCCUGCUCGCAGCCUGCGGAGAGCAGUCUGAAGAAGUGUCGCGGAACGUCCAAUUUGCCCUGCUUCGGACGAGGUCAGUGCCGGUGCGGACAGUGUACCUGCUACCCACCUGGGGACAGUCGUGUUCACGGCAAAAACUGUGAGUGUGACGACCGUCAGUGCGAGGACAUCGGGGGAGAGAUUUGCGGAGGUCACGGCUACUGUUCGUGCGGACGCUGCAUCUGCGAGGACGGCUGGUUCGGGAAGCUGUGCCAGUUCCAGAGGUCCUGCGACAUGAGCGACGUCCAGAGCAAAGAGCUGUGCGAGACUUCGGACGGAGUCCUGUGCAGCGGGAAAGGUUCUUGUCACUGUGGCAAAUGUAUCUGUUCCCCCCAAGACUGGUGGGUGUCUGGAGAGUACUGUGAGUGUGACGACCGAGAGUGCGACAAACAUGAUGGUCUCACCUGCACAGGGAACGGCUUGUGCAGUUGCGGCAACUGCGAGUGCUGGGACGGCUGGACGGGCAACGCCUGCGAGAUCUGGGUGGGAGAAGAGUACUGAAGGGGGGGGGAGAGGCCCGGAGCAACCAGACGCAGCAGCGCUGAUCGUCACCACCAGGCUGGUUAAAAAGCACCGCAGGAAGGAGAAGACCAAACUAAACCUGGAUUUCAUUCAGCAUAUCACUAACAGCAUUCAUUAUUUUAUUGUACUGGUUACAAGUGAUCCUCAUUGUAGGUGUGGAAGAAACAUAUUACCGUGCAAACAUCGGUUUCUAAAACAGCUUUAUGUAUAUUUCAUUGUUUUAUUCAUAAUGUAGGAACGCUUAGUCCAUGUGGACACACAUGAUACGAUGCAAUGACCCGUCCAGAUGUUGGAAAGGAAACAAUUAUUAAAGUCGUGUUUAUUUUUAA